AUGCGAGCCUCGCAGCUGUGGCUAGCUAUUGCUCCGCUAGCUGUAGCCCUUCCCCUAGCUCCAGUACUGCACUCGGAUGUACACCAUGAUGUCGCGCCCACUAUCUUGAAGCUAGAUGCUGCAAAUGCACAGGCAACCUUCAAUGUCCCGUGUGUGGGCUGUCUUGGCAGCCCGGAGCAUGACGAGUCCCUCGUAUUCGACUUUCAGGCAUUCUCUCUCGAUCAGGCUUGCGGUGGUUCCAACAUCACCCUCAACGGCUUCCCACUAACCCAGCAAUGGGACGGUAUUCACGCCUCAGGCCAAGGCUCCUUCUCUGCCGUCUUCGAGCAAGAUGAGAACAGCGGUGAACAUGAUCUGUCGCUAUCGUGGAACUCGUCUUGUCUCUUCGGCCGUGUGUCUAACAACGGCGCGGGGUCCAACCUUGAGGACGUUGCCCAGGUCCUCCAGGUGAACGUUCAGCGUAUUGACGGCAGACCGCUCGAGUCCCCGUCCGGUUUUACAAUCUCAUUCAAGCCUCUUCUAAACGCAGAGCUCCUUCGUCUGGAGCCCUUUCCCGACUUGACUGCCGCGGGUGCCGAGUUCAACGAGGACUGGCGGAACCCACCAACCCACCUCCGCCUAACUCCUCAGAAUCUUGAGGGUAACCACACGGAGGAGGAGGACUCUACGAGCGACGGCCCAUCCAUUGAACAGCAGAUCGAGGAGCUCAGACUACUCCAAGCGCACUCCGCGGAGCUGAACCGUCUGAUCGAAGAAAAGAAGCAGCAGAUCCGCGGCCACCUACAGCAAGAAGCCAAGAACCUCAAAGACGAAGUCAAGCAGUGCGACAGCAUCCUCUGCGUCGUGCGCGCCAUCGCCAGCAAAGCCCACGGCACCGUCCGCGUCAUCUACCUGCGCUUCCGCCCCAGCUCUGAACCCAUCGCUUACCAAAGCGACCACCAUCAUCUCUAUGGAGACAUGAUGGAGCACGACGCCCACCACCACGCCGCAUGGAUGAACCAGCAUUAUGCUGCCCUGUCUGGAGACGACGACGAUCUCCCCCCCGCAAGGCCGCACGGCUCUCACGGUCCUCACUACUCACACAGCCCGACAUCCGAUGCUCAAUCCUCAGCAUCCCCCACCAGCCCCGCCGUCAUCGCCCUCGCAGCCCUUGCCUCCCUCCUCAGCUGCGGCUGCCUCUUCGCGCUCGUAAACCGCUGCUGCUGCUCUCUGCGCCGGCGGACCGACCGCCGCGCCCGCCGCGAAGAACGGCGUAAUGCCCGGCUCUACGCACGCAGCGCGCGCCGCCAGGCGUGGCGAGACUGGUGGACCGGCCGGCAUAGCCGUGGCGAAAGGGACUACGAGGAAAAGCGGGCACUGAUCCUCGAGCAGGAGGGACGCCUCGAGGAGGCGAUGCAGGAGGAGAUCCGCCUGCUGCGCGAGGCGCACGAGGUCGUGAGUUCGAUUGUCGGGGGGGACUCUGGUCCGUCUAGUCCCGGGGGUUCGUCUGGCACGUACCACCAUCCACGUCCGCAUCCGCAUCCCCAUGAGCAGGAUCCACACCCCCACCACCGCCUCCCCCGCACAAACAGCCUCCCCAGCUACACCUCGGACGUCGAGUCCGUGAACACGGACCCCCCAGCGUACGAGACGGAGGAAGAGGAGGACGAGGCCGGGUUCGUGGCGGAUGGGUUCAGGGAGUAUACGCCCAGCACCACGGUGUCGGUGUAUACGCCUGUUAGUAGCGUGUUGGAUGGGAGUCCACGACAGAGUAUGGAUACGCUUAGGACGAUGGAUACGCUGCGGACGAGGGGGGAGUAUGAGGUUGGGGUGUAG